AUGUCUGCGAGGCCGAGGCAGGCCGGUGCUGCUGGCGCGCUGUUCCCUCCCAUCGAGGUUGGCUCAUUUGUCUCGCGCCGCCCAGACAAGAGCGAGUUUAUCGGGAGCGCAAGCGGAGUCUUCUUCAUCAACACUGUAUUUCGGGCGUUUGCGGCCGCCUCACCGCGCGAGGCGGAGUUGGCCGCCGGCGGCGGCGCAGGCGCCGACCGUGCGACGACGGGAGGAGACCCGGGCUCGUUUCACAACUUGCUCACAGCGGCUGAUGACACCAGUCAGGAGCAAUUGGCAGACGGUGACGUUUUGUUGAAAUUAAUAAACUCGUCUACCGGGAUAAGAUUGGAUGGCUCACGCGGUCAGUCGUAUGGCGUGAAUAUUCCUGAGCUUGGCGCGCCGCCGACGCCGGCUGCCGCCAAGAAGCUCCUCAUGAUUUACUUUCAAAAGUGGCAUCCCAUCUUUCCGUUUUUACACGGGCCAACGUUUUUCGAACAGGUGAAUCAAUUCUACUCUAGUCAGUCACAAUCACCGGACACCCGAGGUGCGGACUUUGGUGAAAGCCUACGGGAUAAGUUAUGCCGCGCCGUCUGCUUUCAAUGCGUGUUCAACAUUGCGGCCACGAAUGCGGAUGGGGGUGAAUUGCUUCUGGAAUCUCGCUGUCGCAUCACUUCACCUGCAGUUCUGACAGGGUUGCUUGGAAUAAUCGCCGGCGACCAGGAUAUGCAUACCCUCCAGGUUCUUCUGGCAAUGGAGCUCUACCUCGUAACUCGAAUGUCGUCAAGAGCAGCGUCCACGGUCCACGGAACGCUGACGCGUGUCUUGUAUCAAGCCGGCUUUCACAGGUGUCCUUUUCGGUAUCUGCAGCUGCCAAGGGACAUGCUGGUCAUCAGACAGAGGAUAUGGUGGUGCGCGUAUGUGCUAGAUUGCCAUCUCAGCCUGUCGCUCGGACACCCACUAGCCGUGAGCGACGAAGAGGUCGACGUUUGUAUACCGGGAAUGCCAGAGCUUCACAGUCCCGUCCGGCACUAUCGCCAAGCCUCAACAACGACGGCCGGUGACGAGGUUCGCGCGCACCUCCCCAUCAACCAUGAAUCGUUCCAGCGCGGCGACAGCGGCAUGGCAAGCUCCAGCCCCACGACAAACGCCGACUGCUCAGACACGCAGAGCCCGUCUCAUCAUCACAAGACCCGCCCUGAAGAAGCGCGUAUCUUUGUACUUGGCUAUCUGGUGACGUACUCGCAACUGCUUGGCGCGGCCCUCCAGCUUUUCCACACGUCGAUACACAGAAGAUCGAUUGUGGUGGACAAGGUCCUCGAUAUCACAGCAAGAAUCCACUCAUGGUGGAACAGCUUGCCCUUUUCACUUCAAGAUGAAGACACUGCAGGCUCUGAGCCAUCGUUUGGGGCAUUUUUUGCUGUCCUUUACCACCACCUUUUACUCUUCAUUAAUCGCCCAUUUCUUUCAUUACCAACAGACCGGGAAGACUUUCGGUCUUCCUUGCAGUCGGCGCUGAAUGCAAGUCGGUCCAUUAUCCGCCAGCUGCGGGCGAGCCAGAAAGGCUCGUUAACCUUGGCUUGGCCUGGAGCUCUCUCGGCAAUAUGGAUGGCCGGGCUUGUUGUGGCUUAUGCAAGCCUAUUGAAGAUAUACCCACUGGAAAAGGGCAUCUCGGAUAUAAAUCAUAGUAUAUGCGUACUCGACGGAAUGGGUAGUACGUGGACCAGCGCGAGUCACUGCCGCGAUACUCUAAAGUUGAUGCUUGACCAAUUGACGUCGAAGCCGCUCAGCUUACCGAACAAUGCAUUCUACAUUCCACAAGCGACAUCCGACGCAAACGAGAUUUCCAGUUCCGAUGUAACUGUCGACGCAGCGGAAGAGGCCCGAAACAAACGCCGGAAGAGCAACCACCAUGUCGCAGCACAGUCGCCACUCUGGUCCAAUGCAGAAUGUACGUCGAGCUCAGGGCUACCCACAUCAUACAUGUGGCAGCCAGUGUUGGAGUAUACCGGACCAGACUUUGGAUUUGAUGCGAACCAAUUCUGUCGCCAGGAUGCUUGGCAAGAGUUUCUGGCGCAGGGACUGAACCCUGGACUAUCAGGGCUUUUAUUUGAGAAUGCGGGUUGGGACUCGUACGUCAAGACCUUUGGAGAUUGCCUAAGUUAG